GGUCAGGAGAACAGAUUCGGAGGAGAAGGCGGGCCGGGAUGGGCUCAGCGUCUCUUAAAGAGGACUCGGAAGCGAGCCGGUCGCCCCACCGCGCGAAGAGUCGGCAUAGCGUCCCUUCGGCGGGAAGCGCUCCACUCCGAGCCCGCUGGGGGGCGUGGAGAGCGAGCAUGUGGUAACAAAUCCGGCUAAGCGAGCCGGGACCUCCGGGCUCGGGCGUGCGGAGGCGCGAGUGACGCUGCAGGAGGCAAGAGCAUGAGCCCGGAGGGCGUCGGAGGGGCCCCUGGCCCCGCGCCGCCGCCGCGCCGCCGCCGGCCUGCCUCGCUUCUCCCGUGCCCCUUACUGCUUUCGCUGGCGCUGCUGUUGCUCUCCCGCUCUUCUGCAGAGGAGGAGAAGGAGCCGCAUGCUGUUCUUUCUGAUGUGUGUGCCUCUUGCCAUGCUAACGCCACAUGCCAGAAACGAGAUGGCAAAGAUGUCUGUAUCUGUAAUUAUGGAUUUGUGGGGAAUGGGAGGACUUUCUGUCAAGAUAAAGAUGAAUGCCUGUUUGGAACAAGCAAAAUCUGUGGAGAGCAUACUUCAUGCCAUAACACACAUGGAAGCUUUUAUUGCGUUUGUCUUGACGGCUUCCAGGCUUCUAGUAAAAACAAGAUAUUUAUUCCCAAUGAUGGCACAAAUUGUAGAGAUAUUGAUGAAUGUGAAAUCUCAGACAUCUGUGGUCUGGGAGGACGAUGUGUGAAUACUGCUGGAAGCUAUGAAUGCUACUGCAUCGAAGGAUACCAACUAGAAAAUGGAACAGAGCCAUUUCAUUCAGCUACACAGAAGCAUUCAUGCAAAGGUGUGGAUUGUGGGCCUCCACCUUCUCUUCCAAAUGCAUAUUCAACUCCUGCUGACAAAACAACUUAUGGAAGCAAAGUAGUUUAUACUUGUCAGCCCAAUUAUGUUAUUGAAAGUGGAAACUGGACUGCAGUUUGCAAUUCCAGAGGACAAUGGGAAGGAGCUGAUAUGGUGUGCAAGGAAAUACAUUGUGGAAAACCACUAUGGUUUCCAAACACAGAUGUUAUUUGGGAUAAUACCACAACUGUAGGGAGCAUAAUAUACUAUAAAUGUAAAGAGGGAUUUCAUUAUUUUGGCGAACGUAAUUUUUCACAAUGUAUGGUUUCUCAGAAGUGGGAAAACAUUACGUUUGAAUGCAAAGAAAUCAGUUGUGGCAAACCUCCUUUAAUAGUUAACUCAGAAAUAAAAUGGAAUAGGACAUCUCGACUGGGGAGUGUUGCUGAGUACAAAUGCAUAAAUAAUUCCUACCCCACAAGCAUAAAACGGCAUUCAUUCUGUACCAGAAAUGGAUCAUGGGAAAUUUUGGAUCUCAGGUGUGAAAAAGUGAAAGAGUUUGUUGAACCUUCAAUGAAUAACUCUUGUUUGACAUGGAGGAGAUAUUAUGGAAGAACUGGAGCAAAUAAGACCUAUCACCUCACUAUGAUAAGAAUGCUAGGGAAUGAAUCAAUAAAAACUACAGAUUUAUUGAUUACUCCUCCCACAACAGAGGAGGCUGUAAAUGUGUGUUUGCCGCUACGUCAGGAUGCAAAUUAUACUGUGGAAAUCAUUGCAGAAUCCAUAAAUAUGCUUUUACGAGUCAGAAUAACAAACCCAGUAGUUGUACCCCCUUAUUUUCCAGAAAAGAAAGUUGUGUUCAGCAAUAUCUCCAUAUUUAAUGACACCUGUAUUAGAUGGCAGAGAGAAUCAGAAAGAACACAAUUGGAGGAAACCUAUGUGUUUCACAUCCAGGGGCUACGCUGGUAUCAGAAGAAAUUCUGUCAUACAAUGGCUCUCAAUUUCACCACAGACUCUUGGACUCCGGAAGUGUGCUUUUACUUACAUCCAGGCACCAAUUACACUGUUAACAUCUCCUCAGCAAACUCGAACCAACAGAGUGCGACUGUCUAUAUGAUGACCCCAAUCACUGGGUCAACCUGUAGCCAGAGUUUUCUGUCAAUGCACAUAAUAAAAGCACAAAUAAAGCCAAUAAUGAAACCACACAAUAAACUCGUUAAAAAGUGUAUGUUUUUUAAAGGCAACAAGGCUGCUAGUUCAGGAUUGUACCACCUGUUUUCUCUAUGUCUUUGCUGCUGCAGGUUGCAAUUCUGUGAAUGGGCAGCAACAAUGGGCGCCAAAAUGAGAAAUGUGGUUCAGUAUAAGCAUGUGUAAAGGGAUGAAUAUCAAUGAAAAAAAUCCCAUUUCAAGCAUAAAGCUGAUAGGAUCUAAGCUAGUGAUGGCUGACCAAGAAAGAGAUCAUGAAGUUGUAGUGGACAGUUCAAUGAAAAGUGUGACUCCUGUGAAAAAGGCAGACUUCACGCUAGGCAUAAUUAGGAAAGGGAUUGAAAAUAAGACUACCAUUAUCAUACUCCCUUAUAGAAACCUUUGAUGUGGCCACACUUGGAAUACUGUGUACCCUUCUGGCCACAACACUGAAAAAAGAAUAUUGUAGAGUUGCAAAAAGUGCAGAAAAGGGCAAUUUAAAUGAUAAGGCGGCUGGAGCAGUUCCCCUAUGAAAAAGCUUGUCACAUUUGGGAUUGUUUAGAUUAGAAAAAAGCCAAGUGAUGGGAGGCAUGAUAAAAGGGUACAGAAUUAUGCAUGCUGUGGAGAAAGCAGUUAGGGAGAUAUUUUUCUUCCUCUUUCAUAAUGCUGGAACUUGGAGUCAUCCCAUAAAGAUGAUUGGUGGGCAGUUAAGAGUUGCUAAAAAAAACAUACAUCUUCACACAGUGAACUGUGAAAAUCAUUCCUGCAAGAUGUACUGAUGGCCACCAAUUUGGAUGUCUUUAAAAGAGGGCUAGAGAAAUUAAUGGAGGAGGAGAUUCUCAGUAGCCAAUAGUCCUGAAAGCAGUAUGCCACCUCUGGUGUCAGAGACGGUAUGCCUGUGUAGACCAGAUGCCGAGGAACCGGGGCAGCAGGAUGCUGCUACACUCAUGUCCUCCUUGCAAGUUUCUCAUGGAUAGCUGGCCGGCCACUGUGUGAACCAAGUGCUGGACUAGUAAUCCAGACCCUGUGUCUGCUCCAACACGUCUCAUUUUAUGUUCUUACAUGCUUUAAGUGGGAGGAACUGUCCCAUAUGUAUGCAAUAAAAUUUACAUCAGGGUAAACUUACAUAGAGUUAGGCUGCUAAACACUAAUCUGAACCCUGUUAACUUGGAAUUAAAUCCUACUGAAAAACAGCAGGAACUUUCUUGUACAAAGGCCAAAGACUGAUGCCACCUCCUCUAUUGGAAAUCUUCCCAUUAUAUGGAUAGGAGGAAGAGGUGUGUCUUCACCUCCCUGCCCCCCCCAGAGAUAGCUAUAAUGUUAUUUAUUAGUGGACCCAAAUUGGAGUAACCUAUUGAUUGUGGAUUCUUUGAGGCAGAAGGUUCCCAGCGAUUACACUUAAAAGGCACAGCACCCUAUUCUGUCUUUUCUCAUUUAAUUUUUUUUCUCUGGCAAAACAAACAAAUAAACAACUGGAAAACAUAGGCAAGUUACAAAUUGAUUUCCCUAUAAAAUUCUGUGAGUGAGGCAGUACAAUGAAAACCACAGCUAAAAGCACCUUCUCACUAAUAAAAUCUUACAGCCAUAGAAAAGCAGAACACUAAAUGGCCUUCAGCACAUGUGUUCCAGCUAGAUAAAAACAACGAUGGCAUAAAGCAUUAUGAAGGACUGCGUACAUUAAAAGUGGAGAGCAGAUGACUAACAAUCAUGAUGAUACUGAGAGGAAUUACUGCAAGCAUGAAUGAUCUGAAACAGGUAUAGGAAAGGCUUUCUCAGAAAUUAUAUAAAACAUUAGGUCUGUGCAGUUGUUGAACAUGUAAGCUUUCCUAAUAAUGAAUAAUCUUUAUUUCUCUUGCUCUGUGAAGAGUGUCACCUGCUUACCCAGCUGACUUUCUGCAUCCCCUGCCUUCUUAUCUGUCAUCAUCCACUAGGUGAAGCUGUUGAUCUUCAGCGGAUAAAUUUGUCCCAGCGUUUGCAGAGUUGCUGGGUUUUUUCUUAUCAAAAACACAGAAGUCCUCUUUGUAUUCUUCAGAACCUAAACUGCUACAAUAAUCUCCCUUUUCUAGCUGUGGAGUGUAGUUGAGCUUAAGACAUAAAAUAAUCCUGGUAUUUUGUUCUGGUUGAUAGUCUAUUAUUGUAGUUGUCAAAUAUUGUGGAUAAUACUACAUUUUUAAAAAGCUCCCUGAGGAGUUUGCUGCCGUUUUUGUCCACUGACUUCUAACCAGAUAUAACAGUAUGUUUGUUUGUUUGUUUGUUUGUUUGUUUGUUUAUUUAUUAAAACAGUUCUAUACCGCCCCUUGCUGAAGCCUCGGGGUGGCUUACAACACAAUAAAAUACAAAAAUAACAAUAUAAAAUUAAAAUUAACAAUAUAAAAUAAAUAAAAAAUAUAAAAGAAUGAUUCAUCUCUCUGUAUUCCAGUCCUGCGCAAAAUGUGACUCACCAAGUCAGAUUCAUCAACCUUGUAUUGGAUCUUGGCAGCUGUUUGAUGCUCUUCCUCCUCCUUCCCUCGAUCUUCUUCUACCAUUCCCAGAAUGACAGCAAAAGCGGGUUUAUUGGCUCUGCUAGAAAGGAAGGACAGAGAGUUUAGCCAGUGGGUCACAAGUUGCAAAGUCAGUGCUAUUCCUUUUUAUCCCUUGAGCAGAUAACUUCCUCCAUCUAUAUUUAAAUGACUGGUGGUCUCAAUAGCUUUAUAGCCAAGAUAGGACUAAGAAAGGAUUGAGGAGGAAAUGCAUGUAAAGCACCCCCCCCCCUGCAGUUUGUCUAAAUAUAUGCACCUUUUGAAAGGGGCAGAUUUAUAUGGAAAAGCAGGACAUGUGGAAAAGGGAUUCUUAACCUUUUCUCCACCUGCUGUUUUCUAUUACUUUUAUCAUUCCCGCGCUGCCUACCACUGCAUGCGAAAUAGAUUUCUUAUUUUUAUAAGAUAAAAGGAAAUCAGCUCUGUUUACGGCAAAUAAAUACUCAUAAUUUUAGAUCCUAUCACACUGCAGAAAUGUAGUGGAUAAAAUAAUAGGGAUAAAAUACUAGGCAGCAACAUUUAACCGAUGAAUCAGAAACAUCUGCUAAGACAGUCUGUUCCUAAUUAAUUGCAGUACCAUUUUUUAGGCAAAGGGUUUGAAAAAAUUCAUGGAAAUGCUUAUGAAAGCUGCAGGUAGAAAGCGUUGUCUUUAAAAAGCCAUUUCAUCAGCUUUCACACAGGAGGAGGGAAAAUGUCUUUCACUAUACCUCCUACCACACAUAAGAAUCCCUUUAAAAGGGUGCUGUUGCUUCAGAUAUGUUGGAUUGGAUUCAGAGUGAAGCUGUGCCUGGUUUGAAGACAUCUCGCCUCCCAUGCCACAGCCCAUCCCAUUCCCGAAUAGCAGGAAACCCUUUCCAGGGACUUUCCAAAGGAGGCUGCCGAAGAAAGCAAGGAAGUCACCUUCCACAAAUCCCAUGGCUUAUGCAUACGUCCAGAUCCAGCCCAUGAUUUUACUGUCAUGCAACUUCAAUUGAUGAUACAUAUAACAAAUCAGCUUUUCAUUCCAUAUUGAGUGACAGUAGUAAAAAGGGAAUGUACACAAUGAUCCAGGUGGACACAGUGGGCUGUCCAUCUUGUGACGUACUGAGACUGGGUUCUAGUUCCCUUGCUGACUUGACAGCAUUCCUUGAUGGUUUCCAAGAUUGAGGCCAUAAUGCCAAGAUAGUACAUGACCUGCUAUGUUGUAUUUUAUAUCCUACUUACUCUCUUAAAUAUAUUUUCUCCAUGCAUUUUUAUAUACAUGGGAAAGUAGCUUUUAACUCAGUGUGUUUUAUAGACUAUUGAUUUUAAUUUCA